AUGUCUGACACAAUCCGCAUACUCGUCGCUACUGACAAUCAUGUCGGUGCCCAUGAGCGAGAUCCCCACCGCAGCGAUGAUUCCUGGAAGACUUUCCACGAAAUCAUGGAACUGGCCCGUGAUCGCGAAGUCGACAUGGUGCUUCUCGCCGGCGACCUCUUUCACGAGAACAAACCUUCUCGGAAGUCAAUGUAUAAUGUCAUGAGAUCACUGCGACUCAACUGCUUGGGCGCCAGACCUUGUGAACUUGAGAUCUUGAGCGAUGGCUCCGAACAGUUCGAUGCAACCUUCGACUACGUCAACUACGAGGAUCCCGACAUCAAUGUCAGCAUACCUGUCUUCUCUAUUCACGGCAAUCACGACGACCCUUCAGGAGAUGGACACUACGCCGCUCUCGACCUCCUGGCUAUGUCAGGCCUCGUCAACUACUUCGGUCGCACUCCAGAAUCAGACAGCAUUCACGUUAGACCUAUACUAUUGCAGAAAGGUAACACAAAGCUAGCUUUGUACGGUAUCUCAAACGUCCGCGAUGAGCGUCUGUACCGUACUUUCAACCGUAAAGAUGCCCCUGGCGUCACAUUCUAUCAGCCGGGUACCCAACAAAGCGAUUGGUUCCAUAUGAUAUGCGUUCACCAAAACCAUACUGCGCACUCCGAAACCAAUUAUCUCCCCGAGAAUCUUCUCCCUCAGUUCCUCGAUCUCGUCAUCUGGGGUCACGAGCACGAAUGUCUGAUUCAGCCGACCUUAAACCCUGAGAUGGGCUUCCAUGUCAUACAACCUGGAUCGAGUGUGGCUACGUCUCUCAUACCCGGUGAAGCCGUAGCGAAACACGUGACGAUACUCUCGGUCACCGGUCGUGAGUUCAAGAAUGAACCCAUCCGACUGCGUACGGUUCGUCCGUUUGUAUACAGAGACAUCGUGCUCGCCCAGGAUAACGUGGCCAAGAAGAUUGCGAAGACAAGUGGGCACCGUACAAAAUUGACUGCUCAUCUGAUCUCGAUUGUAGAAAACAUGAUUGAAGAGGCCAGAAAGGACUGGGAAGAGGCACAGAAGGAGGGCGGCGCCGAUCCUACUAAGGGCAAAUUCCCUCUGCCGCUAAUCCGCCUUCGCGUUGAAUAUACGUCGCCCGAUGGUCUAUCCAAGUUUGAUGUCGAGAAUCCCCAACGAUUCAGCAACCGCUUCCAGGACCGUGUUGCAAAUACCAACGACGUUAUUCAAUACCAUAUCAGGAAGCGGAGUGCUGCGGCCUCGGCCGUUGCGAGAGCCAAGAAAGACGCCGAGAACGACAAGGCCAUUGAGAGCAGAGUCGACAACCUGGAGAAUAUUCAGGUUCAAAAGCUCGUCAAGGAGUUCCUCGAUGCACAGAGCUUGACGAUCCUCCCCACCAAUUACUUCGGUGACGCUGUCAAUAAUUUCGUUGACAAAGACGAGAGACAUGCGCUUGAAGAAUUUGUGGAAAGCGCUCUUGAGAAGCAAGUCGGUCUUUUGGGCGGACAGCAGGAUGAUGAUGAGUCUGAAGAGGAAGGUGCAGAUCUGAUGACGCAGAUUCAGGCGAUCAAGGAGCGGCUUGAGACCGAGUUCGCCCAAGGUAAUGCGAGGCCUGGAAAGAAUAAGAAGAGGCUCAAGGCCCGACCGGUGGACUGGGACACUGACAAUGACGGUGAAUGGGAGGACAAUCCGGCCGCCCUGAUUCGUGAUUCGCGAAGUCAGAGCGUCGAUGCAUUGGAUGACUCUGACGAAGGUGGCACGCCGGCUCCGGCGCGCGGUCGUGGUCGUGGACGCGGACGUGGUGCCGCAAGCACUCGAGGAAAAGUCACUACUGCUCGUGCAAAGAAGCCUACUGCUCGCAGCAGAAAGGCUGUCAUUGAAGAUGAGGACGAUGACGAAGAUGAGGACGUACCAAUGCAGGAUGUCUACGACGAUGAGGAAAGCGACUCCCAGGCUAUGUUCAUUAGUGACAAGCACAAGAAGACCGCACAGCCCAGCAAUGGCACGGCUCGUUCUGCUAAGGCCGCAGCACCGAAAAGCAGUAAGGCGGUACCUGCUGCGAAAGCUACAGCUACAAGAAAGGCGCCGGCAAGGGGGACUACAGCAAGCAAGACGGGCACCGGAAAGCAGGCCACGCUGAACUUCAGUGCUAGCCAGGCCAGCGUUCUGGGAAGCGGGACUGGAAGGAGCGGAGGCGUUGAUGUUGACGACAUCGAGGAUGAAAGUGAUGGCUUUGAAGAGGUGAUCCAGCCUGUACGGCGACGGCGCUGA